AUGUUCAAGUUUGUCGUUGCCGCCUGUCUUAUCGCUUCAGCUUUCGGUUAGUUUUUUUGUUUUGACAAAAAAUAAUACAUUUUUAUUUUUCUGGUGAAAAAAAUCUUGAAUUUCAGCUAAAUGCGAAUCGCCAAAACACUCAGCAACAACAUUCUCGACAACCGACGGAUUCUUCCACUUCAAGACCACCUACAUCACUGAAUUCACUCUCCAAUGCGGAAACAGCCCAAAGGUGAGAUCUCAUCUCGAAAUCUCGGAAUUUUAAAAUGAAAGUGUUAUCACCUGGAUCUAUUCCACAGGAAGGUGGAUUUAAAGAAAAUAUUUUACUGAUUUUUUGGAAUUUAUGGAUUUUUAAUGAAUUUUCCGGGAGAUUUUCUUCGGACCGACUGAAAAAAAUAGGUAGAAAAUAUUUAGAAUAACUAUUCUGUUGUAGUCUGAAAGUUUGGAACAUUUUAUUUGUUUCAAAACUAAGAAUCAAGUAUUUAGAAACUAGAAAAAUUGUUAUGAAUAAAGUUUUUAUUUAUUAUUUCAGAACUUUUUUCAGUUUUUGAAAUUUUCAGUUUCCAAACUUCUGAUUACACAUCGUCUUUUUUCGACUGAAAAAACAUAAACAAUUUGAUUUUUCAGAACGCUCAAUUCUUUGCUGAAAUCAACGGAAACGUUGUGCCAGUCGCUGUCUCGGAAGAAACCGCCAAAUACCAAGUCUCAUGGGUUCUCGACCACGCUCGUUCAUCAUCCCAAACUUUCAACAUCAACAUUUUCGAUGAAGAAGGAGCUGCUGCAUACGCCAAGAACGCCAACACUCAACCACUUUUCACCAUCACCCAUCAACAUGCUGUGAGUUUUUAUUAGAUAUUUCACAAUAGACAUUUGCAUCAUUGGUUUUUUUGCAGGGUCUCAGCAGAGCUUCGCCAGUUUCUUCCGAAACUGUUGCUGUUGUCUUGGCUGUUGUUGGAUUGUACUACGCCAUCCGUCAAAAGAACGACCUCGUCCACUAA